AUGGACGAGCCGGUCUUAUCCGCCGCUGACGUGGCGUUGUUUGAUAGGGUGCGGAGGCUGUACCCCGAGGGACAGCCCAAGGGGAACGGUCAGGGGGAGGAGGACCGCGUCGCGUUCCUAUUCCUGACACGUGGACCCAUGCCUCUUAGUAGACUAUGGGAGAGGUACCUUCGGGGCCACGAGCGGCGGUACUCAAUCUACGUGCAUGCAGCGCCGGGGUUCCAGUAUCCCUUGGACUCGUCGCCUGUGUUCUACGCGCGGGAGAUCCCCAGCGAGAAGGUGCAGUGGGGCGACCCCUCCAUGGUGGCGGCAGAGCGACGCCUCCUGGCGAACGCAUUGCUGGACCCGGCCAACAAGAGAUUCCUCAUCGUCUCUGAGUCAUGCAUGCCUCUGCACGACUUCCCCUUCACAUAUCGCUACUUGAUGGCGGAAAACCAGAGCCUGCUGCACAGUGCGUGCAACAACGAUUGGAACUGCAUGGGGCACUACAGCAGUCGCAUGCAGCCGCACGUGCAAAGGAACCAGUGGACCAAGGGCUCUCAGUGGUGGGCGCUGACAUGGCACCAUGCCUUCCUUGCUGCCACGGACACAACCAUCUACCCCACCCUCGCCAGAUGGUGCAAGGUGAGCACAGGGGAGUCGGGUGGCUUGCUUGUUGAUGCGAGGCUAUGGAGGUGUUUCAUAAAGCACGUGGCGAGAAGAGGACCCACAUGGGCGAUGUGGUCAGGGGGGCCGCACCCUGUGGAGUACACACGGGAGCAGCUCACCCCGCGCUUCCUCACGUCGGUCAAGUGGGACUCCAAGUGCUCCUGGGGCGGCCACCAGAACUCCUGCUUCCUUGUUCUUAGGAAGAUUGCACCCAGCGCGCUGCAGACCCUGCUAAAUUACACUCCGGAAGAGCUUGGUUACUGA